ACACUUGAAUUCUCCUCAGACACCAGUCUCAGCGACCACGACGACAACAUCUUCUUCUUUUCUUUUUUCUUGGAAGCAUAGGUGGACUUAUCAGGAGUGGUGUGUGUUAACAAAUGGGUGCCAAAGCAAUGGUUCAGAAGAGUGAUAAAAAGCGUGGGAAGAAGUUGAAAUCUAAGAAAGCAGAACCUGAGGAGCAUGAGGACAGUAUUGAAGAAUUGAAUGUAGAUGAUGAUAUAGAAACGGAUCAGAAGAGCGAUAAGAAGCGCAAGAAGAAGGUGAAAUCUAAGAAAGCUGAAGCUGAGGAGCAUGAAGAACAGCUUAAGAGGCUUCAAGAAACUCAAGCUGAGUUUUUUGAGUAUAUGAAAGAGCAUGAUGCAGAGCUUCUUAAGUUUGAUGCUACUGAAAUCGAGGAUGAUGCUGAUGUUGAACCUGAUACUGACGUGGAAGACGGUGAAAAGAAAAGUGAUGAGGAAACCCCAAAUCUGGAAAUUGCAAAGAAAGUGAAUGUGCAGAAAACAAUUACAUUGGCGAUGGUUGAAUCAUGGCGUGAGUCCAUCCAGAAAGAUGGGAAGCUAGGUUCUGUGCGUUCUAUCUUGAGAGCUUAUAGAACUGCCUGUCACUAUGGUGAUGAUACUGGGGAUGAUCAAACGACCAAGUUUAGCGUUAUGUCUAGCGCUGUGUUUAAUGAGAUAAUGAUCUUUGUUCUGAAUGAAAUGGACGGGAUUCUUCGUAAGUUGUUAAGGUUUCCUGAAGAUACUAGAGGAACAAAAGAGACUGUAUUGGACCUGACAAACACUAGGCCGUGGAAGAACUAUAAUCAUUUAGUUAAGUCAUAUCUUGGAAAUUCUCUUCAUGUUCUGAACCAGAUGACUGACACAGGAAUGAUAACCUUUACUCUGCGCCGUCUAAAGCACUCCUCAGUUUUUCUAGCUGCUUUCCCGAGCCUCCUUAGGAAAUAUAUAAAGGUUGCACUUCAUUUUUGGGGAACUGGUAGUGGCUCACUCCCUGUUGUUUCCUUGUUGUUCCUGAGAGAUUUGUGCAUACGCCUUGGAUCUGACUGUGUGGAUGACUGCAUCAAGGGAAUGUACAAAGCAUAUGUGUUGAAUUGCCAGUUUGUGAAUGCUGAUAAAUUGCGGCAUAUAUUUUUUCUUGGUAACUGCUUCAUUGAGCUUCUCGGUACAGAUAUCUCUGCAUCAUAUCAGCACGCGUUUGUCUUCAUAAGGCAAUUAGCAAUGAUUCUGCGUGAAGCGCUUAACACAAAAACAAAAGAAGCAUUUCGGAAAGUGUAUCAAUGGAAAUUCAUACAUUGCCUUGAGCUUUGGACGGGAGCCGUUUGUGCCUACAGCUCUCAGGCUGAACUCAGGCCAGUUGCCUAUCCACUAGCCCAAAUAAUAACUGGUGUAGCACGACUCGUUCCCACUGCUCGCUACAUUCCCCUUAGAAUAAGAUGUGUUCGUAUGCUAAACCGGAUAGCUGCUUCAACUGGUACCUUUAUACCCGUUUCAAUGCUUCUUGUGGACAUGUUAGAGAUGAAGGAACUCAAUAGGCCUCCCACCGGAGGUGUUGGCAAAGGUGUAGAUUUACGAACACUACUGAAGGUAAGUAAACCAGCAGUGAAGACACGAGCAUUUCAGGAGGCAUGUGUUUAUUCUGUAGUGGAGGAGCUUGUGGAGCAUUUGUCUCAGUGGAGUUGUUCCGUUGCUUUCUUUGAACUGUCAUUUAUUCCGACUAUAAGGCUACGUAGCUUUUGCAAGUCCACUAAAGCUGAGAGGUUUAGGAAAGAAAUGAAACAACUCAUUAGCCAGAUUGAAGCUACCUCAGAGUUUGUCAACAAAAAGAGAGCUUCGAUUAAGUUUCUACCCAAUGAUCUUGCUGCUGGAUCAUUCCUUGAGGAUGAGAAGAAGGCAGGAAAAAGCCCUCUAUUGCAAUAUGCUGAAAUUAUCCGCCAAAGAGCCCAGCAAAGAAACGAAUCGCUGGUGGAAUCAGAUGUUAUUGUGGGAGAGAACUCAGCCGUCUUUGGGAAAAACAUACCAAGCAGUGAUGAUGAAGAUGAUGAAGAUAAGAUUGAAAAGGGUGCUGCAGCUUUCAAUUCUUCAUGGUUACCUGGAAGUGACUCCAAAGAGAAAGAGCCGGAGGAAGAGAAGACUAAGAAGAAGAAAAGGAAGAGAGGUGGUAAGAGUAAAUCAGAGAAAAAGCAGGACGAGGAUGGUGCAGGAGAAGAUGACGUUGUGGAGGAUUUUGUGUUGAGUUCUGAUGAAGAGGAGGAUGAUCUGUUUGAUAUAGGAGAAGACAAAGAUGAUGAGGAGGAUGCAGCACACGAGAUUGCAGAUCCUGAGACAAAGACGUCUAAUAAGAAGAAGACUAAGGGCACUUAUAAGACCUGGCAUAAGGCUUACAAGAAGACCAAGAAGAAGAAGGCACGUGUAGCUUAGUUUUUUUUUUGUAUCUUCUUUUUGAUUCUCCGAGGUUACUUUUCCGGAUGUUUACCAAACAACAAAAUUUUGGGAAAAAGAAAAGCUAAUAUUCCAAACUCAAUGAUUGUACUGAAA